AUGGGGGCGAAACGAGCACCUGCGAAUCAGAUAAAGGAAAUAUUAGUCGCGGAACAUCAGGAAUUCAGAGAUAAGUUUUUCGAAACCAUUACAGUAGAAGAUAAACCGCUACGGUUUGAGGUUGACAGUGGCGCUGCGGUAACUAUCGCUAUGUUCACUAUAAAAGAAACUGCUAAACCGGUAUUCCUCAAAGCGCGUACCGUUCCUUUUAAAUUGUUACCACUGGUUGACCAGGAAUUGCAAUCGCUGGUCCAGAAAGGCAUUCUUGAGAAAGUAAAUACUGCAAGAUGGGCUACACCCAUUGUACCGGUGUUAAAAAAAAACACAGUGCGCAUAUGCGGGGAUUUUAGCGUUACUAUUAAUCCUCAAUUGUUAAUCGAUGAGCAUCCUUUGCCUACGAUCGACGAAUUAUUCGUAACCAUGGCGGGAAGAAAGAAAUUCACUAAAAUUAAUUUGCGGCAAGCAUACUUGCAAUUAGAAGUCCGUACAAGGUUAAUGUACGGAAUUGCUUCGGCGCCGGCCAUUUGGCAACGCGAAAUGGAAAACAGGUUACAAAAUAUACCGUGGGUAUCAGUUUUCUUAGAUGAUAUUAGGAUUACGGGGCCUAAUGACGAAAUUCAUCUGCAACGCCUGGAACAAGUAUUGCAACGCUUGGGAGAGGCUAACAUUAGGAUAAAUGAAAGCAAGAGCGAAUUCUUACAAGAAAGCAUACAUUACUGCGGUUAUCGAAUCGAUCAAUCGGGAAUACAUAAAACGGUAGAAAAGACUCAAGCCAUUGAUCUCAUGUCCCGACCAAAAAACGUUACAGAAUUGCGAUCAUUUUUAGGAAUGGGCUUUUCAUUCGAAAUCAAAUACAAAAAUACUAAACCGCACGGUAAUGCGGAUUGUUUGUCUCGACUGCCGGUCACUACUACCACAACCGCGGAACAUGACGAAGUAGACAUUUACAAAAUAGAAAUUUUACACGAAAUAUCCGUGUCCGCGGAUAAAAUAGCAUGCGCUACAGCAGGGGAUGUGCAAUUGAAAAAUCUUCUCACUGCCAUAUGCGAAAAGAAAGAAGUACCGAUACAAAUGCGGUUCAAUAUAAACGAAGCAGCUUACAGCGUACAACAAGGAGAACUACAUAAAAACCAUUUCGGCGUAGUUAAAAUGAAGGCGUUAGCAAGAAGCAUGUAUUGGUGGCCUGGCAUAGACAAGACGAUAGAAAAGCUAGCAAGAAACUAUGAUAUAUGCAAUGUUACGCGGAAUGAUCCACCCAAAGCCGAAAUACAUGAGUGGGAACCCGCGGAGGUACCCUUCGAGCGCGUCCAUGUAGAUUAUGCAGGACCGUACAUGAACGCAUAUUUCUUUGUAUUUGUAGACGUGUUUUCGAAAUGGCCAAUUGUACAAAUAGUUAAGGACAUAACCGCGGAAACCACGAUAAGAAUAUGUAAGGAGAUUUUCACGGAUUACUGGACCCCAAAAAUUAUAGUUAUGGAUAAUGGUCGUAAUUUUCGUUCCACGAAGUUUACACAAUUCUUGGGAUCCCAGGGGGUCACUUCAAAAUUCACUGCCCCAUAUCAUCCGUCGACAAACAGACAAGUGGAAAGAUUUGUGCAAACUUUGAAAAACUCGUUACAAAAAAUACUUACGGAUCCUAAUAAUAAAGGAAUAACGUUAGAAGAUGCGACGC